AUGAGACAAUCUCCCAGGGAACUGAGCAGAAAUGUGCUGCUGAACCAGCCGCAGUCAAGUUUCGGCCAACAACAGCAGUCCGGCUUCGGCCAACAGCAGCAGUCCAGCUUCGGCCAGCCGCUGCUCCCCUUCUCGCUGCCACACAACGCGCCGCAGCCACCCCAGCGGCCCGCCCCACCGCCGCCGCCGCCGCCCCCAGCCUCGCUGCCCCUGCCCAAGCUGCCCGCGCCUUCGCCAUCCCCCGCCCAGUCCGACCAGAAGGAAGAGCCUCAGCAGCAGCCCCAGGCCUCAGCGCAGUUCUCGCAGCAGGCCAACCCGUCGCACCAACCACGCGCCCAGUCCCACGUGCUGCAGUUCCACCCGCAGAACCCCAGCGGACAGUUCAGCCUCUCGCUCAACCACCCCACCAACCCGUUCCAGCAGCAGCCCCAGCCCCAGUUCCAGCAGCCGCACCAGCAGUUCCAGCAGCAGUUCCCCCAGCAGCAGUUCCAGCGACAGCCCUUCUCGGCCCAGUCGUUCCGGGACGCGCAACCCCCACCGCAGUUCCAGCCGCACCACCACCACUUCCAGCAGUUCCCGCAGCAGUUCCAGCAGUUCCACCAGCCGCAGCAGCAGCAGCCGCAACAGUUCCCGCAGUUCCAGCAUGCGCCUCACCGCUUCGCACUGCCCUCGUCCACGCCCGCACCGCCCGCUUCCAACCAUCAGUUCUCGUUCGUGCAACAGACGCCUAGCCCGUCCCCGGCGCCCACGCCGUCCCCGGCACCCACCACGCCCGCGCCCCACCAGCCGCCACUCUCCGUCUACAUGAGUCCCGCCGGUCACCACGACACCAAGAUCACAGACGUGCUCCAGCUGCUCAAGAACGCCCGCACCAUCCCCGUACUCGACAACGUGUCGCCCGAUUCUCCUCAGAAGUUCCAACAAAUGGCCAUACACACUUUUAAACACUAUUACAAAAGACAAUCUACAGAAGUAUCACAACCUGCAGCCAUACAUCACAUCUCUUCAAGUCCUAGCAAGCGCUGA